ACCUCGAACGAAAAUUCAUGGUCUUCCCCGCAUACAAUAAAAUCCUUGUAAAAUUAUUCUCUUGCAUGAAGUUGAUGAUCAAUGCCACUGUAGAGUUUCCUUAAUAAUGGAGUUUAAAAAUAAAAAUAAAAAAAUCUUUCACUUUAUUUUUUCUUUUUCCAAAAUACCUUUUUUCCUCUUUCUUUCUCGUCCUCUUCUUUGAUUUUCUUCUUCCGAAUAAUAAGAGUAGUUUAAGAGCAAAAUUUAAUGGAAAAUUCAAGUAAAUCUUUGAAAAGAAGCAGUAGUCAUACAUCAAUGUCCGAUACUGAUUCAGCAACGAGUCAACACGAGUUUCAUUCUUUACCAUCUGAAUCACCUGUUCGUUCAGAUGAUAGAGCUAUUGUUGUUGUUGACACUCCAUCGCCGCCCGGAAAUCCCAAUUUACCGACGAGUUCUCAGGCUGUUAGAGAGAAGGGAUUUAAGCCUUGGCCCCAUUCAGAAAGGCCCACGCCGGAAAAUCUUGAUUUUCCGGCUACUCAAGGGAAUCGCGGGUCGGAGAAUCUUGAAUUUCAGGCGAAGAACGGUCUGGGUGGUGCACGUAAUCCACCGGUACCGGUGAUUAACCUGAAUGUAAGGGAUGAACCCAAGCCGGGAGUGAUGAAGGUGGAAAAAGUGAGGGUAGACAUUGGUGGGAUGGAGGAGGGGUACGGUGGAGGUGGAGGUGGAGGUGGUGGUGGUGGUGGAGAGGAUGAAGUGGGUGGAGAGAGGGAGGCGGUAGAGGCGAUAUUGAAGAGGUCGAAGGCCGAGUUGAAAGUGAGGAAAGUAGCAUUGUUUUUUAGAGUGUUCGAAGUGAUAGCUUGUUUGAUUUCGUUCACGGUAAUGGCUGCCGAUAAAACUCAAGGGUGGAGUGGCGAUUCAUUUGAUCGGUAUAAAGAGUACAGGUAUUGUCUAUUAGUGAACGUUGUUGGAUUCGUUUAUGCCGGUUUUCAGGCAGUUGAUCUGGCCUAUCAUUUGGUCACGGGAAAUCACGUCAUCUCUGAUUAUCUACGAUACCAUUUCGAUUUCUCGAUGGAUCAGAUACUGGCUUAUCUUCUAAUGUCAGCAUCAUCCUCGGCAGCUACCCGGGUGGAUGAUUGGAUACUGAAUUGGGGACAAGACGAGUUCACUUUGUUCGCCAGUGCAUCUGUUGCGAUGUCGUUUGUGGCUUUUCUUGCCUUCGCCAUUAGUUCUGUCAUAUCGGGUUACAAUCUCUGCAACCGUGGUUCGAUUUGAUCUUUGCAUCAGUAAAUUAUCAUAUUGUAUAUUCGUAGCACUAGAUCAAUAGUAAUUUUCUCAGCAUUUUGUUUGGAGUUCAAGAAAUUAUCAUGUUUCGAUAAAUAUAUCAUUCCAUUAUAAUAUAUAGGGAGGCUAACUUA